AUGGAAGCCUCGACUGUCUUUGAGGAUGGACACUACCAGAUGAACCUCCCCUUCAGGGACCAAGUUGUCACUAUGCCCAACAACAGGGCCCAGGCAGAGCAGAGAGCGAUACACCUAAAAAGGAAGCUAUGCAAUUACACGCGUCUACUUUCCGACUACAAGACAUUCAUGAAUGAGCUAUUGCAUAAGGGUAAUGCAGAAGAGGUCAAGGACGAAGAUCUGGAGGGCAGCAGCGGUCGAGUCUGGUAUAUCCCUCACCAUGGGAUAUAUCACCCAAAAAAACCUAACAAGUUGAGGGUGGUGUUUGACUGUGCGGCCAGGUUUUCAGGAACUUCACUCAAUGAUAAGCUCUUACAGGGGCCGGAUCUAACAAACAGUUUGGUGGGGGUGCUUCUACGAUUUAGGCAGGAAAGGACCGCCCUAGCAGCUGACAUUGAAAAAAUGUUUUACCAGGUUAAGGUUACCCCCAUACAAAGGGAUUAUUUGCGCUACUUCUGGUGGCCAGAUGGAAAUUUGGACCAGGAGCCAAAGGUCUACAGAAUGGCGGUACAUCUCUUUGGCGCGACAUCGUCCCCCAGCUGCGCCAACUUUGCCCUAUGGAGGACAGCUGAGGACAACACAGACUUCCCAGAAGGUAUCAGGAGAUCCCAUCGCAAAAGUUUUUAUGUUGACGACUAUCUGCAGUCCCCGGCGGAUGAAACAAGCACUAAGGACAAGACAAAAGGUGACGUCAAGCAGGCCAUGGAUCUUUGCGCCAAAGGCGGAUUUCGUCUAACUGCAUGGAGCAGUAACAGUAGGGAGGUUUUGGAAUCUAUACCUGAAGAGCUAAGAGCCAAGGAUCUCAAGGGAAUCAAUCUUGAUCAAGAUAUGCUACCAGCGGAGAGGGUUUUGGGAGUCGAGUGGACGAUAGAAAGUGACACAUUUGGAUUUAAUAUCCAAAUAAGAGAAAAGCCACCCACCACAAGGGGAAUUCUAUCUAUCACAAGCUCUAUCAACGACCCACUUGGAUUUGCUGCACCCUUUAUCCUACUGGGAAAGAUGCUACUUCAAAGGCUGUGUAAGCUCAAUUUAGGAUGGGAUGACGAGAUUCCUGAAAGAGACCGAAAGGAGUGGGAAGAAUGGCUGGCUGAUCUUCCACAGUUGGCAGAAUUUCAAGUUGAAAGAUGUAUUAAGCCAGAGGAUUUUGGGCCGAUCAAAGAUGCCAAAAUUCACCACUUUUCAGAUGCCAGUGAAAGUGGAUACGGGACAGCCUCGUAUAUUCGUCUCGUUGAUGACAAGGGCAAGAUUCAUUGCGCCUUCCUCAUGGGCAAAGCGAGAGUAGCCCCUCUCAAACAGAACACCAUUCCACGACUUGAACUGACAGCAGCCACAGUUUCAGCACGUGUAGACAGCCUACUAAAAGAGGAACUUGAUCUAUCAACAACUGACAGUAUAUUCUGGACAGAUAGCAUGUCUGUUAUAAAGUACAUUAGGAACACCACAUCAAGAUUCCAAACCUUUGUAGCAAACCGGAUUGCAAUGAUACACUGGAGGUCCGAACCACAUCAGUGGAGAUAUGUUGACACAAAUUCAAACCCCGCAGAUGACGCCUCCAGAGGACUGCCAGCGAAAUGGGCCAGCAUCCGUAGGUCCACAGAUGGAUAA